AUGCCGAACAAGUCAACAAACCCCAAGAGGGUCGUCAUUAUUGGCGCCGGUGCAGCAGGUAUGUCCUGUGCAGCCACCCUUGCAUCGCACCCCGACAAAUUCAAAGUCACGAUCAUCGAGCGGAACGAGGUCACAGGAGGCCAAGCAACCUCAAUCUCACUCGAUAGAGCCAAAUACGGCACGGAUUGGAUGAACAAUGGCGUCCAGGGUGGAUCCCCAAUCUUCAAGCACACCUUCAACUUCUUCAAAAAGUACGGUCACGAGCCCCAAGAAGUUAAGUUGCAAGUCGCUUUCGGAAAAGGUCCCGAUGGCUUCUGGACAAACUGCUUCCCAAGCAACCUGGUCAACACGUUUUCCAAAGACAUUAGGAAAUUCGGCAAAGUCCUCAAGCUCAUCAAAUGGACGAUUCCUGUCCUGGGCUUGGUCCCUAUUCGAAUCAUGCUCCGGAUGUUCUUCUUCAGCAAGGAUUUUGGAGACAAAAUGGUGUACCCACUCAUUGCUCUGUUCUUGGGAACCGGCAAUCAGACAGCGAAUGUGUCUUGUGCGAUCCUGGAGCGGUUGUUCGAUGAUCCAAAUAUGAAGCUAUGGGACUAUGAUUCAGAGACGCUUCUGCCGAAUCUUCCAACGAUGGUCACGUUUCCGAACCUCCAUAUUUUUUACGAGGAUUGGAGAAAAGACCUCGAGUCAAAGGGUGUCGAAAUUCGCCUUCGCACAGAAGUGACUGAGAUGAUUCAGCGAAACAACCAAGGAGUCAUCCUUAACAUUCGCCCCUGUCCCGACACCACUCCCAGUUCCUCAACAGCGCCCCCAUCGACAAGUGAAACGUAUGACGAAGUCGUCAUGUGCGUACUCGCUGACGACGCCUUGCGCCUCCUAGGAAAGACGGCAUCCCGAACAGAAAGAUUUGUGCUCGGAGGCGCCAGUUUCUUCGACGACAUAACCAUCACUCACUCUGACUCUCAAUAUUUCAACAAACACUAUGAGACCAAAUUCGAUGCAAAGCUAUGUGCGAGCCCAAAAAGCAAAGCACAGGAAGACCAAAUAGCGUUUGCAAAGGGCGAGAAAGAAGGCCCGGACGGCGAAGCGAAGGGCUUCAAGCCGUUCUACUUCACGAAAUCGUAUGAGGAGGAUCCGCAGAAAAUUGAGAUGUCGUUUGAUUGUUCGCGGUAUCAACACCAGUUCAGGAUGGACACCGGGGGUGAGGGGGAGGUGGACGGCGAAUUCGAUCAUGUCUACCAGAGCAUAUUUCUAGAUAAGACGAACCAGGAGAUGUGGACGUGGAAGGAGAUUGACGAGAGUAAGGUUAUUGAGAAGAAGUGGUGGCACCAGCUUGGACACAAGUGGCAGCAUUAUGUGCGGGUCGUGCCUGGAAUGAUGUUUAUCAAUGGUAAGAAGCAUACUUCGUUUGCUGGAUCCUGGACUUUGGUGAAUAUGCAUGAGCUGGCAUGCGUCAGUGGCAUUGCAGCAGCCUACCGCCUGGGAGCCAACUACGUCAAAUUUGACGACUUUGCAGAAGACUUCUUCAGCAAGUAUCUACUCCUGUCCCACGGCAUGCGCUAUUCGAAGGAGGAGAAAAGACGAAAGAAGCAGAGCUAG